CAGUUUAAUGGAGCUGGGAGAUGGAGCUGAGCUAAAAAGGGAGCUCGUCCCUUUAGACGUUAUUAGGCUACAUGGAGGCGCACUUCCGUCCCGCAUAAAUCGGUUUAGGGGAGCAGGUGCAGGGAAGGGGACUGAAGCAUCACCUUAGAUAAAGCAAUAUAUUUGAUUUGCUGUAGCGCUUAAUUUAUACAUAUACGCUGGGUCGGAAGAUGGUAGCAAAACAAAGGAUCCGUAUGGCAAACGAGAAGCACAGCAAAAACAUCACUCAGAGGGGGAACGUGGCGAAGACCCUGCGACCGCAGGAGGAGAAAUAUCCGGUGGGGCCAUGGCUUUUGGCGCUCUUUGUAUUUGUUGUUUGUGGAUCAGCCAUUUUUCAGAUAAUUCAAAGUAUCCGAAUGGGAAUGUGAGCCCCAGUGUUCUUCACAUACCCUGCCCUGCAUCUGAAUGAGAUUUUUUUGGGUGAUUGGAUACAAUCUGAAGGUGGAAAUCCUCUUUGUGGGUCAGAGGGUUGUAUGCUGAGCUGGAUCUAGUGUACAAUACUACAUGACAUUGUCACACAUGUUUACAGUGUCCCUGGAUGAAGGGAACACAUGCUUUUCUACAGAACCAUUGUUGUUGUUGAUGCAUCUUAUAAUUUUUAUCAUAUUUAUUUGUGAUUGAUGAUUGCCAUGAUCUAUUUCUCUAUUUAAUCGUGUUUGCGUGAGCCUUUUUCAAAUAAACGUCAAACACAUUUGGA